AUGAUGAACCUCGCAGCCCCGAGCGUCAGCAUCAUGUGUGAUGCUAGUCCAAAGGCAAAAAUGGAUCAGCCCAGGCCAAAGACUCUCAAGAACAUACGAGAGGAACGGCUGGCAUCCAAGGAGCAAAUGAAAGCUGUGAACCAUGUUUUGCAGCAACUCCAGAUUGAUCUGGACAACUUCAUCCCGCAAGCACCGCUGAGACCUGUGAAUCCUGAAACCGAAGAAAGAAGGUACCACCAGGAAAAGGGUGGGUCUGUCAUUCCUUAUGUUGUGAAUCGAAUUUCAGGCGAGGCAACAUGGGACAGACCUGUGCUUGAAGGCAAAGACGGCCACCUCAGGCUGUCCUUGUGCCCGGAUGAAGGGUCGCCGCUGUAUACAGUUUUCCAGUACCUGAGCUUGAACGAUGUGUGCGUGAUGCUGAAUCGUGAUUCCUUGUGCCGUGAUGUUGACAUCCUGGCUCUUCAGAUCAAAGAAAAGUCCUUGGGGAACUGGCGCUGUAGGAACGGCUUCGAGCAUUCGCCCGAUGCCAAAGUGAACUUUGAUCGUGUGGUCUCUGUGAUUGGCAAGCUUUGCAGGUACAACAGUGAAUCCUACAGCUGGAGCCGCUGGUGUUCUUGGGCAUUUUCCAGUGAUGGAUUCCAGUACUCUGCAACGCUGCUGCUGUUGGUGUGGGGUGGCCUCGAGGCUCCUAAACCGCAACCCGCCCCCCGCUCACACUCCUUCCAAGCCAGGAAACCUUCAACUGGAAACAAGCAAGCAAACAAAGCUCGUGUAAGGCAGGCUUCAACCCGUUCGAGCCCGCGUCGAGACCGGCAGGGUCAUCAAGCAGCAGCGGCCAUUUCGAGCAAAUCGUGGACAGAUGCUCCAAGGACUGAAAAUGUUUGUUCCUGGAGGCACUUUAGAAUUAUUAUUAGAGCACUGAAGACACGAAGGCACUUCUUGACUCCGACGUGCACGCAAUGUUUCGCUUCCUACGCAGAAUUGUCCAGCCCUUCCGAGUCAUGUGUUUGGAUGGGGAACUCCUGCUGCAUUAUCGGGAUUCUCGUUGCACGCAGUGUUCAGAGAGUCUGA